AGCUCUCCAGAGCAGCUGAGAAAGCCCCACCCCUGGGCUGGGCCUGCAGGGGCUGGGAGUAGGUAGGAGUCUUAAGCUUCCCUUGCUCAGGUCAGAAGUCUCAAAAGCUGCAAAUUCUUGGGACCCAAGGCCCUGACCACUUGUGGCUGUCCUCCUAGAUGUGGGGGGGGCCUGACCCUGAAGCAUACCCGCUAGGAAUCGUUUAAUUCAUGACACACUUGCCCCUGGCCAAGCUAGAAUUUUCCUUUUCCCACCCCUCCGGCCCCAAGAAAUCCAGCUGAGCCACCUGGAGUGAGCCCGAGUCCCGUCCCCGAAGGCCAAGGACUGUCCACAACUUAAAGGCUGGAUUUGGUGGUAAGGAACAGGGGUUGGGGCUCUGUCUGUGCAGAAGUGUGGCUGGAAGCAAAGGAGGAAAGAAAGUGUGAGGUGACACUUUCCACCUCUGCUGCCUUGAGCCAUGGAGGGACAGACCCCAGAAAGCAGAGGUCUUCCAGAAAAGCCCGACCCUGCCGCGACCGCUGCCACUCUGUCCUCCAUGGGUGGUGUCUUCAUCCUCUUGAAGUCUGCGCUGGGAGCUGGCCUGCUCAACUUUCCCUGGGCCUUCUCCAAAGCGGGCGGUGUGGUCCCUGCCUUGCUGGUGGAGCUGGUCUCCUUGGUCUUCCUGGUCAGCGGGCUGGUGAUCCUGGGCUAUGCUGCCGCUGUCAGUGGCCAGGCCACAUACCAGGGUGUGGUUAGGGGACUGUGUGGCCCCGCCAUUGGGAAGCUGUGUGAGGCCUGCUUCCUCGUCAACCUGCUCAUGAUCUCUGUGGCCUUCCUCAGGGUGAUCGGGGACCAGCUGGAGAAGCUGUGUGACUCCCUCCUGUCUGGCACACUGCCUGCUCCGCGGCCCUGGUACGCAGACCAGCGCUUUACCCUGCCCCUGCUCUCCAUGCUGGUCAUCCUGCCCCUGUCUGCCCCACGGGAGAUCGCCUUCCAGAAAUACACAAGCAUCCUAGGUACGCUGGCCGCCUGUUACCUGGCCCUGGUCAUCACAGUGCAGUACUACCUCUGGCCCCAGGGCCUCCUGCGUGAGCCCGGUCCUUCACUGAGCGCUGCCUCCUGGACCUCUGUGUUCAGCGUCUUCCCCACCAUCUGCUUCGGGUUUCAGUGUCACGAAGCCGCAGUCUCCAUCUACUGCAGCAUGCGCAAGCGGAGCCUCUCGCACUGGGCCCUGGUCUCCGUGCUGUCCUUGCUGGGCUGCUGCCUCAUCUAUUCACUGACCGGGGUUUAUGGCUUCCUGACCUUUGGGACAGAAGUUUCUGCUGACGUCUUGAUGUCCUACCCAGGCAAUGACACAGUCAUCAUUGUGGCCCGGGUCCUUUUUGCUGUCUCCAUCGUAACUGUCUACCCCAUCGUGCUCUUCCUGGGCAGGUCAGUGAUGCAGGACUUCUGGAAGAGGAGCUGCUGGGGGACGCGGGGGCGCGGGGCCCUGGCUGACCCCUCAGGGCUGUGGGUCCGGAUGCCGCUGACCAUCCUGUGGGUCACCGUGACACUCUCCAUGGCGCUGUUUAUACCCGACCUCAGCGAGAUUGUCAGCAUCAUCGGAGGCAUCAGUUCCUUCUUUAUCUUCACCUUCCCAGGUUUGUGCCUCAUCUGCGCAAUGGACGUCGAGCCUGUAGGACCGAGAGUAAAAUGUGGAAACUGA